GACGCCGGAAGCCUAUAAAUACCCUAAUCUCCCUCGAUCUAGUUCACUUUCGAAUACCAAUUCUCACCAACGAUCAGACAAGGCAAUCUCCCAACUCAUUAUCUCAGAACUACCACUUGUGUUUACCUCUCUCCGCAAUGAAAGCCCCUGUUAUCUGGGCCCUGUCCCUGACCUGCGGGCUAGUCUACGGCCAAACUGCCCAGCAGCACUACGACCGAAUCUGUACCUUCCCUUCCGAUGAAGAAGUCGAGGUGGAGCCGGGACUCUUUGUGACCUACCACUGCGGCCAGUACGCUCCCCCGAACAACCAGUACCAGGCAUACGCCGCAAGCACCCCCGAGGACUGUGUCAAGGGCUGUGUCAACAAGGGCAGCGGAUGUCUAGGCAGUGCCUGGACGAGUUUGCCCAGCGCCACAAGCGCCUGUCUCCACGCCAAGCACUCUUCCCUUCCUGCGCUUGUCAAUAAAAACAGCGUCGUGUUCAUGACUUAUCGGAAAGCAGAAGAAAAUGGCGAGGACCCCUUUGGUGAAAGCACCCUGGAGCAGUUACAAAAGUGCAAGGACGACCUUGCAGCCUGCAAGGUGAAUGAGGCGAAGCUGGCCGAGUGCGAAAGGAACGCUGCCGCCGGCCCUCAAGUUCCCCCCUACAUGGAUUGCCCGGCCGGGAAAGACCAGAUCAUCACCAUCGGAAACAGGCCCUUCAAGCAGAAAUGCGACAUGGCGAUGGCCAAAGCCGCGGCGGACAUCUACCGGACUAUUCAACCGGGACUAACUCACGAAGAGUGUGCUCUGAUCUGUGCGCUUGACCCGAAGUGCAAGAGCGCGAUGUCCGUCAGGACUACCAGCACGGCCGGCGAAUGCCAGCUCUCCAGCCGGAAUAUCGAGCCCUCGCUGACCAACUGGGCGCCGAACCGGGCUUAUGUUCCUGUGUGAGACCCGAGCGCUUGAUGCAGAAGGAAACUGCUUUGUGAGUCGGAGCAUCAGGGAAUUUGGCAAACAGUGCCUUCAUAAGCACGAAUCUUCCCUUGAUUACAGGGCCUGAUUACCUACCAAGACACGAUGUAGGUUAUUGAGUGCAAUCUUGGGUCAGAUUUCACUCGUUUUUCUGUCACUGGAGCGUAUCUGUUAAAACCCGCCGGAUUUUAUAACCUGUCUGUCAUUCAUUUGAAUAUGCGUUUACCUGAUAUAUCAUAUUCCAAUCAAACAGGUGGUCCC